AUGCCUCAUCUCGAUAAAGAGCCUGAGUUGGUGUCUUACUUUUACUUCUCACUCACCCACUUUGCAAUUUUACCUCUCACUUCGCCCCUGACACUCCUCACAAAAACUCCUUCUACAAAAAGUCAUUUUUUUCUUUGUCUUUACUCUUUUCUUUGUUCUUUCUUUCAUUUGUUUUUUUUUUUUUCUUUCUUUCUUUCUUUCUUUCUUUCUUUCUUUCUUUCUUUUCUUUUUUCUUUCUUCUUUGUUCUUUCUUUGUUCUUUGUUCUUUCUUUCUUCGCUGUUGUUUCUUUCUUUCUUCUUUCUUCUUUCUUUCUUCUUUCUUUCUUCUUUCUUUGUUCUUUCUUUCUUUUCUUUCUUUCUUUCUUUCUUUUCUUUCUUUCUUUCUUUCUUCUUUGUUCUUACUUUCUUUCUUUCUUUCUUUUCUUUCUUUCUUCGUUCUUUCCCCUUAAAUUCUUUUCUUAUUUCUUCCCCUCUGUUACUCGUCCCGCACUAUUUGCAACCCGCCACCAACAUCGUCAGUACCCACUCUCUCUGUUUAUCUCUCUCUCUCUCUCUCUCUCUUGGUCACUUUCUUCAUCACUCUCUCUUGAUCUCUCUCAAGCUCGGCAACUUCCUUUGCAAUCACUCCUACAGCUACCACUCCAAUUCUGUAUCCUCCCUGCUCUCUCCCUUCCCUAUAAAUCUCUAUAUCUCAGUGUUCUCACUUUCUUUAAUCAGUGCCCCCGUCACGACAUCCACCCUCAACUCCCCCCCUCCAAAAAAAAAGCCACUCGUUUGUACCCAUGUUCGUGGCCAAAAACACUGUUCUAUUAA